UUUGGUUUGUCUUGUAUCGCGAGUCAACGACCGGCCGCAUCAGUUCCACGCAGGUUCGUCCUGUCGGAGACGCGGUUGGCGUGCGGUUUGGCUGGCCCACGGCCAAGGUCAUUUUUUCCCGCAUUUGUUUUUAUAAUUCUGGUUAUUCGAAUCGAUUCAGCGGAUGGGCGGAGUUUCGCCAUCGCACAAAGGGCGAGUCCACAAGAGAAAAGCUCAAACGCAUUCGAGCGUUGCCAAUGAAUGCAGCGCAGCUGAUCACGCGCCAUCAGCAGUCCGCCCACCGUCGUUCUCUAGACGCACUUGAACCCAUCAGCAGUCGCCAUCGUGAAAUCAAUCGUGUUUGAUGGCCGUCAUCAUCAUCUGCAGUCUAUAGGUCAAAUUAAAAAGUUGAGUUUCAUUAUUCACCGCCUAAAUAAUAAUCGUGAUUGUCGUGAUGAUGCAAUUGAGGCCUCACUACUGAAGUCUGGCCUCAGUCUGUGACAUGGAAGUGAUUAAAAAAGUGUCACAACUUGAAUCGAAAAUGUUCAACGUCAAUCGCCGUGCAAUCGUUUCGUUCAUCGCAUUGGUUUUCCUUUUGAUCGAGUGGACAUUUUUUGCCGGCCAUCACGUCAGCAGACCGAGUCUUCCAAACCACUCGACGUUGCAACCAGCACUCUCGAAUCAACAGCAGCAGCCCCAACAACUCUACCACCUGAUUGACAAUUAUUCAAAGGAUCAACUGCCAUUGCCGUUGGCCAAUCAAGACGAUGAACCGCCAGCAUUCAAAAGGAUCCUCUUCUGGAAUACGUUCAAAAAAGAAAAGAAUUACGGGGUGGGGCUCGGCCGGGACGCCUUGCGCCAAUGGGGCUGUCCCGUUUGGCGGUGCGAAACGUCAGACAACCGGACCGACGUCCAGAAUUACGACGCCAUCGUCUUUCAUCUUCGCACCUGGAACCAAAAAGAUUUGCCGAAGCGUCGCUCGCCUCACCAGCGCUACGUUUUCUUUAGCCUCGAGUCGCCGGCCUGGGCCGCCUACAGAGUCGCCCGUAUGGCCAAUUUCUUCAACUGGACCAUGACGUACCGAUGGGACUCGGACAUGAUCCACCCUUACGGCUACAUCACGCCAACGGGAAACGUCCCCCUCCAUCCCACUCCAAAUCAAUUGAAUAAACUUUUCUAUGAAACCACUAAUGAAACCACCAAAGUCAAUUACGCCCAGGGAAAAAAGAAAAUGGCCGCCUGGUUCGUGUCCAACUGCCAAGCAGUCGUCAGCAACCGAAACGAAAUGGUCAAAAAACUGCAAAAGUACAUGACAAUUGACGUGUACGGCAAUUGCGGGAACAUGACGUGCCCAAAGAAACGUGACAAAUCGUUCGAGUCGAGCGACGAGUGCCGGGACAUGGUGGCCAAAAAUUACAAAUUCUAUUUCGCCCUGGAGAAUUCCCUCUGCCGCCAUUACGUCACCGAAAAAUUUUUCGACAACAUGCGCCGCCCGAUCCUGCCCGUCGUUUUCGGCCUCCACGACGACCACGAAAAACUGGCACCGCCGCAUUCCUUCGUAAACGGCGCCAAAUUCAAAUCAAUGAAAGCCCUGGCCGAUUAUUUGAUCCUCCUGGACAAGAACGACACGCUGUACAACGAGUACUUUUGGUGGAAGCCUCACUUUCAGGUGCGGGACAGCCAACGGGACAAGAACCAGGGCAUGUGCCACCUGUGCGCCGCCCUCCACGACCCGACUCGCCCGCGCCAAAUCUACGCCGAUUUAACCGACUGGUGGGAAACCAAAUCCAAGUGCGUUUUCUCGCCCGCCAUCUCGUGAUGGCUCCUUGCUCGAAUGAAACCUGUGGUCUGUGGUGGGAUCACCUAUUAUGAUCCUAUUAACUCCCCC